GCUGAAAUGUUCUCCAUGAUGAAGAGCAACAUGGACAUUCAAUUAGUUUUUGAGCCAUAUGGUUGUUGCACCUACAUAGUCAACUAUAUCAAUAAGUCUCAAAGAGGUGUAUCUGAUAUUUUAAUGAAGACUAUGGAAGAAAUUAAAAAAGUUGCCCUCAAUAAUAUGGCGUUUGGUAAAAUGACCGACGAAGAUGUGCAAUUGAUCAAGUCCAGGGAAGUCGACAGUAUUGACCAAAUUCCUGAAGACACUAUGCAUUUACUUUCCACCAAUGCAGAAGUAGAUGCAUUCAAUGAAAUGAAACUGUCUACAUUUAAAACUGAGCGAGCCGUAAGACAAGCCAGAGACGUAAUCAAAGGGAGUUGCUCAGAACGACAAAAAAAAUUAUUUCUGGAACACGCAAAAAGCUUAAAAAAGGGGGAGAGUUUUGGCCUAAUGUUAAAUUUAAUAUUGCAGGUAGAUUCCAAAUAUAUGAUUUCAAUAAUUGUGGACACCAGUGAUGGAAUAGUCAAUGGUACAACAGGCAUCCUACAUCAAAUAGACUAUGACCGAAAUAAAAUUCCAUUCAGAGUAUGGAUGAAGUUUUUCGAUUCCAAGUCAGGCCAGGAAUGCCGCAAGAGAAACGAAUCCCUUAAGAAGUCUAUGGGUAUGUUAUACUCGAAAAAGCUGCAAGAGCUAUUAAAGUUCAAAAAGGCAGCAAUGUUUACGUUGAGCGUCUUCAGUUUCCUCUUGUAA